AUGGACAACAACUCUCUGCCCCAGAUCAAUGAUACAGCGGAGGCGCCAGUCUAUUCUUCGCUGUAUCCAUACGAAGCUCGUGCAGCCUUGGUCGGUUUUUGGAUUUUGACCUGCAUUCUGGGCCUCGUAGGUAACAGUCUCGUCAUGUGGUCCGUCAUCCUAUCCAAGAAACUCCGCACCGUGACCAACGCCUUCGUGGUCAACCUCAGCGUGGCUGAUUUCUGGACCAGUCUCUCCUACCCGUGGAUUUGCGUAGCUUUGGUGAGUAAUGAAAGCUGGCCCUUGGAAUCGGAGGCCCCUUGUGUAAUUGCUGCCAUUCAACUUUAUACCGGUCUCGGUGCAAGUCUCUACUCGUUGGCCUCCAUAGCUUUGAACCGUAUGGUCCUCGUCACUCAAACAAUGAACACCUACAGUUGGUGGUACACCCCGCGUAAAGUAGCCGUCAUGAUCGCAAUGACUUGGGUUAUUCCGUGUAUUGUGUUUUUCCUCCCGCCGAUUCUGGGCAUAGGCGCUUUUGGUUACGAUCCACAAGACAAUACAUGUUCAGAUAAAGAUGGUCACCCAAGAGGUCCCGAAUACAACCUGGCACAAUCUGUGGGUCUAUACCCGGUCCCAAUGCUCAUCAUCAUCUGUUGCUACACGGCACUCUACAUCCAUCUCAAACGACACUUCAGGAAACAGAAAAAGAGCAAAUCUAGCAAGAAUAGUCAGUCAAUCUCCACAGUGGUUGGUUUGGAUGGUGAAACGUCCACCAGUUUCACUGUUGCCACUGGGGAAUCGUCAGUGACUAAUGCUGAGCACGUCUCCAAGAAAGCCAGGCAGGUCAUCAGCCGUCAGCAACUAGCUAUUACCAAGAACCUCUUCCUUGUGUUUUUCAUCUUCGCAUUGUUACUGUCUCCUUACUUUAUCUCUCUCGCUAUACCAUCCAGUCGUAAGUUUGCUCUCUACGGAGUCACUAUAACUGUUUUUAACAGUUGUGUAAACCCCAUCAUAUACGCAGUCAAUCACCCACAGUUCAAAGUGGUAAUGCGGAAGAUAGUUAAGUGCCGUUACUCUGAAAUACAAGAACCUUCAGAUUUUCUGAAACUCUUGCUGUCAUUGCGAAAGAAUUAACAAAUUCCAU